ACAGUAAAAUAAGAAGAAAGAACAGAAGAGAAAUUGAUACAUAGAAAAAAGCGCAAAGAAUCAUACGAAGAAAACUAACCCAAUUUUUGGACAAGCCGCAGUAGAAGAACGUUCAUUCAAUUUUAUAACCUCCAUCAGAGAGGACGUGUUUUUGGGCUUAACUGUUUGAAAAAUAAAAAAAGAACUAUUGAGUAAUAGACUCACUAAUAAUUAAUUAAUAACGAAGAAAUUUUAAUUUAAAUUGUUUACUUAUUUAUUGUUGCAAUUAAAUACAAUACGUAAUCACCUAAACCACUUAAAUAUAUCGUGUGUUUUUCGCUGUUGUUGCUUAAGCUACCAUGGUCUCUUAUUUCGUACCUCGCGGUCGUUUCCUUAUCAAAGCUGGAAAUUUACGACAGGUCCAUCAGAAACAUCAACAAACCGGCCAACAACAAACCGGCAAAUGGCCAUUGAUUAAGAAUUUUCGUCAAACAUUUUCUACCAAGUCAACUAAUAAUCAGACGACCGAGUCUAAAGUUGAUAAUCUAAUAAGAAACAACCCUUUAAACAAAAACUCACCGAAUUUUCAAGUUCGAAGACAUCAAGAAUUACAAAAGGCACGUCUUAGCAUAUGGUUGAAAUGGACCGGAUUUCUAUUGAAAUGGGCUCCUAUGGGUAUUUGUGUGUUUGGUGCUCUGGAAUGGCAAUUACAUAAACAGAACUGUGCCCGCGAACAGCUGCCACAGACUGCAUCGGAAUUUCAGACAAAGUUUUACUGUUCGUUGCCUUUGAGAUUACUGAGCAGAGCUUGGGGUUGGUUGGCCGCUUGCUAUGUACCCGAGAAUUUUAGACCCUUUGUUUACGGUUGGUAUUCCAAGUCGUUUGGCGUGAACAUUGAAGAAGCUUUAUAUCCGGACUUCAAGCACUAUCAAAGUAUAUCGCAAUUUUUCACACGAGCUUUACGCGAUGGUGUCAGACCCAUUGAUAUGAAGGCGCCUAUAGUAUCGCCGGCCGAUGGGAAAAUAUUACAUUUUGGCACAGCCUCUAAAUCUCUCAUAGAGCAAGUAAAAGGUGUCAACUAUAGUAUACAAGACUUUUUGGGUCCCGCCACUUGGACAGAGAAUAACAACAAGAGUUUCGAAGAAUAUGCCGAUGCCAUCAAGCAUAAACAAGAUGGUUCCACAACGCUCUAUCAGUGUGUUAUUUAUUUAGCUCCUGGAGAUUAUCAUCGUUUCCAUUCUGCAGCCGAAUGGCAACCAUCAUUGAGAAGACACUUUACCGGCGAAUUGUUGUCGGUUAAUCCAAAAAUUGCUACCUGGUUACCCGGAUUAUUCGUACUUAAUGAACGUGCCUUAUAUUUGGGCCAAUGGCAACAUGGUUUCUUCAGCUACACCGCAGUGGGUGCCACAAAUGUUGGUUCCAUGGAAAUAAUUAUGGAUGAAAAGCUAAAAACCAAUCGCUGGGUUGGCUUGACCACCAAUCGAGAAUAUGAUGAACUUUUAUUGACUGACAAGCCCAUGUUAAAGAAAGGUGAUUUAGUGGGUCAAUUUAAUAUGGGCAGUACUAUAGUAUUGUUGUUUGAGGCACCCACUAAUUUCCGCUUUGACAUUGAGGCCGGACAAAAGGUUAAAGUGGGUGAGGCUUUAGGUCAUAUGGCUUAAAAACAAAAAUAAUUUUUGAAUUUUUUCGCAUCAAUAAAUUUUGUUGCAAAUUAAUUGAUGUCAUUUUUGAAUUUUGAUUCAUCGAAUCACAUGGUAUACAUAAUAAAAUUUUAUUGAAUCUACCAUCUUUUUUGUAUCAUGGUCAUUGUAGAGCAGUUUUAAUAGCCAUGUAACGAACCUUGUUGCUAAACCAGUUUGUUUGAAAUUGCCGCCACAUAAAACCCACCACGAAGUCGAACUAAAAUAUGUUAAAAUGUUCUAUGUACUGCAAACACAACAUUUUGGUGACAUAUUGAGAAAAUUGUAUUGAACAAACAACUUCAAAUCUCGAAACAUGUUUACAAUAAACAUAUUAUGAUUAUCUAAUAGUUACCUUAAUUACCCGCGACAAUUAAAAAUUUCACUUUUUAUUAUAAUUAUUUGUUUGGUUUGAAAAAUAUAUUGAUUUUGGGUAAUUACCUUUCCUUUUGCUUCACCCUACAGCAUUAUUGCAAUUCAAAUACAUACCUAAAAUGGAUUAAUUAUAAAUUAUGUCGCAUGGGUAAUAAACUUGAGCUUAGUGCCUUUUGCGAUACAAACAAAAAACUCACUUAUCUUAUAUUAAUCACACUUUUUAUAUACACAUUUUUAAUUUAAUUUUUUUUUUUAGCUUUAUCUUAUUAUUACCUUUAAAUACUAUUGUAAUUUAAAAAAUGUUCAAGUAUUUUUAUUUUUCCUACUAUUUUAAUUAUUUAUUUAACAUAAUAUACUCUCAUGUAAUUCUCAAUGUAAUCUGAUUAAAUACCUAUUAUAUUUAAAAAUCACACACAAAAAUACUAUGCCAUAUUGCAGGCCAAACAUUUGAAGUCCUAUUUGUAUUAUUUUUAAGAAUUCGCUGUGUAUAUUGUUAAUAAUAUUUUAAAGUUUAAUUGUGUCUCCAAAUUAAUUAUGGAGAAUAAAAGACUUUUUUUGUAUAUUUAUGAAAUAAAGAUUGUUUAUAAAAUAAA